AUGUCUACAGAGAAUGGCUUCCCAAUGCAAAGCAGGCAGGGUCUGGUUCACCUGGUUGGAAAACCAGUGAUUUCGUUUUGCACCGAAACACUGAUCGGGGUGUUCCUGAUCGGAAAUUUCAACGACUGGCAGAACACCACACCAUUGACAUCUGAAGGCUAUGGACGAUGGGCUCUCUUCGUCAAAGACAAGGCAGACGGUUCACCUGGCAUCGACCACGCCACACAAGUCAAAGUCCGCAUCGAAGCCAACGAUGGCGGCUGGCACGAUCGUGUACCGGCCUGGACCAAGCUGGCUUGGCAGGACCACACGACCAAUCUCUUCAAUGGUGUCUUCUGGGAACCUCCCGAGGAGGACAGGUAUGUGUUCCAGAAUCCCCGACCUCCAAAGCCUGACAACCUGAAGAUUUACGAAGCCCAUGUGGGGAUGGCCUCAGUGGAACCAAAGGUGGCCACCUACACCGAGUUUGCCGAAGUGGUGCUGCCGCGCAUCAAACGAAUGGGCUACAACGCAGUACAGUUGAUGGCUGUGGCAGAACAUGCCCACUAUGGCUGCUUUGGCUAUCAUGUCACUUCCUUCUAUGCUCCAGCAAGCCGUUCAGGAACACCUGAGGAGCUGAAGUACUUGAUCGACACUGCACAUGGCUUGGGAAUUCAGGUACUAAUGGACUUGGUCCACGCCCACGCCUCCUCCAACACCUUAGAUGGCAUCGCACAGAUGGAUGGGACCGAUCACUGCUACACGCAUGGCGGCCUGAAGGGACAUCAUUCUGACUGGGACUCCAAGAUCUUCAACUACCUCAAGUACGAGGUGCUUCGCUUCCUGCUCUCCAACGUCAAGUGGUGGCUUGAGGAGUACCAGUUUGACGGCUUCCGAUUUGAUGGUGUCACCUCCAUGCUGUACCAAUCCCACGGCAUUGGCAAGGGCUACACCGGUGGCUUUCACGAAUACUUCGGACCAGACGCAGACAUUGACAGUCACAUUUAUUUGAUGCUGGCGAACGACUUGAUUCACCGCGUGGUGCCCUCUGCAGUCACAGUUGGCGAGGAUGUGAGCGGCAUGCCCACCUUGUGUUUGCCAGUGGAGUGGGGUGGCUUUGGCUUCGACUAUCGUUUGGCAAUGGCGAUCCCUGACAUGUUCAUCAAGUAUCUGAAGGAGGCGCAUCCGCGGUUGCUGUCCACCAGCUUGGGUCCGCAAAUUUCAAGAGAAGAAUUGAACCGAAAAUCGACUGACGAUGGUUGGGGCAUGGGGCACCUGGUGCACACCUUGACGAACCGACGCUACAUGGAGAAGGUGAUUGCCUACGCCGAGUCUCAUGAUCAGGCCAUUGUGGGUGACAAGACCCUGGCCUUUUGGCUGAUGGAUGCCGAAAUGUACACGGGCAUGAGUGUCUUCACCAGUCCCUUCCCCUCCAUGUGUGUGGAUCGGGGCCUGGCGCUUCACAAGAUGAUCCGUUUGAUUGUCCUUUCCCUAGGCGGCGAGGGCUAUCUGAACUUCAUGGGCAACGAGUUUGGACACCCCGAGUGGAUCGACUUCCCGCGCCCGGAGAAUGGCUGGAGUCACCAUCACUGCAGACGUCGUUGGGAUUUGCCAGAAGAUGAUUUGCUGCGCUACAAAUUCUUUCAAGCCUUUGAUGAACUGAUGCAGGCAUGUGAGAAUCGCUUCAAGUUCGUGAGCGCCCAGCAUCAAUAUGUCAGCAAGAAGGAUGAGAAUGACAAGGUCAUCAUCUUCGAACGUGGCGACUUGGUCUUCGCCUUCAACUUUCAUCCUUGCAACAGCUACGAGGGAUAUCAGAUUGGCACGCAUUGCGACGAGCCCAUGCGCUGCGUCCUGGACACGGAUGAAGGCCGUUUCGGAGGUCACAUGCGUUUGGAUUAUGGUCAUGGCAACCCUUUCCCUCCGCUGCACGGCAUUGACAAACGCCCUCACUCCGUGAAGCUCUACAUGCCUUCGCGUACUGCGCAAGUUCUCUGCAGGGAGAGCCUACUGCAAGGCGGUAUCAAGGUCUAUGUGGAGAAUAGCUUCUUGUCGCAGUAUGACGUCAAGAACACAGAGGGCAUGAAGCUUUCUCUGGUCGUUCACAAGGAUGGCCUGGAGGAAAUGCUGGACUUCCCCUUCGAGAAUGGCUUGGUGCACCUCCCAGACCAUUGGGAUGCCACCUUUGAUAUCGUCACGGGGGAUGACAUGAUCCUGCCCUGCAAGUGCUCCAAGGACACCAAGUUCCGAAUCUACUUCCCAGGAGAAUACACCAUUGCCCUCUUGGGCUAUCUGAGGAAUGGCAAGCCGGACGAUGCUCCCCCCAGCCCGAAGAAACCCAAGCUGCCUAAGGCAGCUGCCAAGGGCUACUCGAAGCCCGUGCAGCCAGCCAUGGAGCCGGAGCCCCAGGCGGAGCCAGCGCCGGUGGUGGUCUCGCCCCCUGUGGCUUCGCCGGUGGGGUCCCCCGUGGCGGCGCCGGCACCGGGAACGGUGGAGGUGAAGGAAGAAGCCAAACCUGAGGAAGCUGGCGUCGAUGUGCGUGACAUGACGAGAUGCUACUCAGGGUUGCACUUCAUGAACACUGAUGAUCUUGAUCAAGCUUUAAGAGACACGCAGACGCAUGAGGUUUCCGAGGUGGAACAAACGAAGAUGCGUAUGGCCAAUUUUCAAGAGAACUUGGCGGCCUGUGGUGGUGACUUAGCCCAGAUCUCCGAGAGCUACAAGAGCUUCGGGCUGCAGAAGAAUGGCGCGACAUGGACCUAUUGCGAAUGGAUGCCCUAUGCCAAGGAAGUCUACCUGGUAGGAGACUUCAAUGACUGGGUCACCUCUGCAACACCCCUGACGCAGGAGUCUCCGGAUUCCUUCCCGGAUGUUUGGAGCGCGACCCUGCCGGCCACCACAAAUCUCAAGAGCGGCUCCAAGUACAAGCUCUUUGUCGUUCCGGAGGAGAACCGGUGGGCAUUUCUAGGGCAGGGGCCAGAGGGAGACCCUUACUAUGCCAUGCCCGCAUGGGCCACACGCUUCAUUGGACCCAACGAGAUGAAGCUCCUGGAUGCCGUGGUGCACGUGCUCGACGGUGCGGCUGGACCGGGACGACUCGAGCUGACGGAGGAGAUGAAGCAAGGUGGCAUCCGCAUCUAUGAGUGCCAUCCCGGGCUUGUCAGCAAGGAUAGCACCACCUCACCUUUGGUGGAGACCUUGGACUUGCUGCCACGGAUCGCACGAAACGGCUACAGUGCCCUGCUGCUGAUGGGCCUGUUGGAAACCAAGGACCAGGCCACGAUGGGCAGCCAACCGGUGAGCCUCUUUGCUCUUUCGCAACACCUGGGCACCACCGAGGAGCUGAGAAAUCUGGUGACACAGGCACACAGCCUGGGUCUGCAAGUUUACAUGGACCUGCCUCACCAUGGUGCUGCUUCGGCAGAGGAUGGACUCGGAGGACAAUUCUUCCUGUGGGGAGAGCAAGGCUUUCAUCCCAUCUCAGGGGCAAGGCUCUACAACUUUGCAGAGCAUGAGGUGCAGCGAUAUCUUCUUGCCAGCAUCGGCUUCUGGAUGAAUCAAUUUGGCAUGGAUGGCUUCAGGUUCCUGGACGUGGCCUCCAUGAUCUACUUGGACCGUGGAAGAUGGGUCCCCGAGCCCUCGGAGCUGGAGGAAUACCUGGCCACGGAUGAAAACACCGAAAAGGCGGGGAUUCAGUACUUGAUGCAAGCGAACACUUUGAUUCACCAACUGGAGCCGAAUGCCAAGACCAUUGCCGAGGAGACCACGAUGUACCCACACCUCUGUGAAGCUGUUGUUGAUGGAGGGCUUGGUUUCGAUCUACGUCAGGCCUCGAACGCUCCCGAUCUCUUCCGGGAACUGGUCCUGGGAGGUCGCGAUGAGGAGUGGAGCAUGAAGAAGAUCGUGGAUUACAUGUCGGAGGCCAAGACGUAUCGACCGAAGGACUGCAUCCUGGGCUACAUGGAGUCGGCGGAACACUGCAUUCUGGCUCGUCGGCCCUUGAAGAUUGCCAUGCUCUCGUGGGAGACCCUGCACACGAUCGCGGCUGGCGGUGUGGCACCUCACGUCACGGAGCUGGCAGGCGCCCUUCACAAGAUUGGUCAUACGGUUCACAUCUUCACACGCUCCACCCAAGCACGGACGUGGGAGAACGAGAUCAUGGGCGUCAUUUACCACGAGGUGAACUUUGGUACUGACAGCGAUUUCGUGCGGGAAAUUGAGAACAUGUGCAGCUCCUUUGUCGGGCACUUCUUGCAUGUGGAGGGCAGAGUAGGUGGCUUUGAUGUGAUUCACGGCCACGACUGGCUGGUGGGACCUGCUGUGAAUCAGCUGGCCAGCAUGAACAAACGAGUGGUCUUUACCAUGCACUCCACGGAGACCGGACGAUGUGGCAAUGUCCAGUAUGGUGGUCAGAGCGCCCGAAUCCGUGAGAUUGAAGGACGUGCCUGCCACUCCGCCGAGCGGGUCAUUGCCGUGUCGGGUGUCUUGAAGGAAGAGGUGUGCUCACACUACCAGGUGCAUGGUGCCAAGAUCGAAGUGAUUUACAAUGGCAUUCAUGCUGAUGCCAUCGCCAAAAUGGAAUGGGAAGAUGAGUGGACUGGAAACACCAAGCGCGACAAGGGCUUCGACGUCAUGGAUCCCAUGUUUCUCUUCGUGGGACGUUUGGCGGUACAGAAAGGCCCCGAUCUCCUCCUGGAGGCUGUGCCAAUGAUUCUCCAGGCUCGAGGAAAUGCGAAAUUUGUCAUUGUGGGAGAUGGACACAUGAAGGCCCAUCUUGAAGCGCGCGCGCAUCAGUUGGGAGUUGGACAUGCCGUGCACUUUGCUGGCUCUGUCAAGAGUGGUACCGCACACUUGAAGGCGCUCUUCAAAUCCUGUGAUGCAGUCAUCGUUCCAAGCCGAAACGAACCCUUUGGUAUUGUCGUGUUGGAGGCCUGGGCUGCCAGCAAGCCGGUGAUUGCCACGACCUGUGGUGGACCUCGGGAUUUCGUGAAACCGGACCGCGAAGGAUACCUAGUGGAUCCCAAUCCCGGCAGCAUCGCUUGGGGCUGCUGCAAGAUUUGCGAGAAUUUCGAGCAUGCCAGGUGGAUGGGAGCCGUUGCCAAAGAGAAGGCACUGAACGAGUUCAACUGGUCCUUCAUUGCACGAAAAACCGAACAGAUCUACUACGAGCAGAUGAAUCUGCAUGGAAGCCCCAAGUUCCGCAGCAACGGCGUGGGCAUCGGAAAACCCUUCGCUGCACAAGUCCUGGAGCAACACCGGGCACCUCGGAUGGGAAUGGCAGUGGAUGCCACAGGAUCCGACGCCAGCAUGACCUGGAUGGGAUCUGAGUUCGGAAUGAUCGACACCAUCGAUUUGCCUCGACCGGGGAAUGGCAACAGCAAGGACAAGGCCUUUGUGCCCUACCGCCUCGCUGAAGACACAGGGCUGAAGUACAAGCACCUGGAUGUCUUCGAUGUCUUCCUGAACCGGAUCGGCGCCGCACUUCAGUGGUUGAAAUCCCCGGAGCACACAGUCGUCAUGGCUGAUGAAGAGAAAAAGAUCUUGGUUUUCAUUCGAAGUGGUUGCAUUUUCGCCAUCAACUUCCAUCCUUGCAACGGGCAGACGGACUUCCGAAUAGACCUCCCAAAGGGUACAGACCUUGCAAGGGAGGUGGUCCUUGUCCUGGACACAGAGGAUCCUCGCUUCGGCGGGGCAAACGAGAAGCCUCUGUUGAAGCCAUCGGGAAAGUAUAACACCGGCCUCUUUAAGCUCAACCUGCCGCCCAGGCCAUGGGCUGGGUUGAGGGGUUGUAAGGUGGAAGGCUGA